AUGGCAAUGUCUCUCAUCCAAGCGUGCCGCAGUCUGGCUCUCUCAACAUGGCUGCUUUCCUUUUGUUUCGUGCAUCUGCUCUGCCUGGACUUCACCGUGGCUGAGAAGGAGGAAUGGUACACCGCCUUCGUGAACAUCACCUACGCGGAGCCCGCGCCGGACCCCGGGCCCGGAGUGGCGGGCGGCGGCGGCGGCACGGAGCUGCACACGGAGAAGACUGAGUGCGGGCGCUACGGGGAGCACUCGCCCAAGCAGGACGCCCGCGGGGAGGUGGUCAUGGCUAGCUCGGCCCACGACCGCCUCGCCUGCGACCCCAACACCAAGUUCGCCGCCCCGGCCCACGGCAAGAACUGGAUAGCCCUCAUCCCCAAGGGCAACUGCACGUACAAGGAUAAGAUCCGGAACGCGUUCCUACAGAACGCCUCCGCGGUGGUCAUCUUCAACGUGGGCUCCAACACCAACGAGACCAUCACCAUGUCCCAUGCAGGUGUUGAAGACAUUGUGGCAAUAAUGAUUCCUGAACCAAAAGGGAAGGAGAUAGUAAGCCUUCUGGAAAGGAACAUCACCGUGACCAUGUACAUCACCAUUGGAACCCGGAACUUGCAGAAAUACGUGAGCCGCACUUCGGUUGUGUUUGUCUCAAUCUCCUUCAUUGUCCUGAUGAUCAUCUCCCUCGCGUGGCUGGUCUUCUACUAUAUCCAGCGGUUUCGAUAUGCAAAUGCCAGGGACAGGAACCAGCGCCGACUGGGAGAUGCAGCCAAGAAAGCCAUCAGCAAGCUCCAGGUCAGAACCAUCAAGAAGGGUGACAAGGAAACAGAGCCCGAUUUUGAUAACUGCGCAGUUUGCAUUGAAGGGUACAAGCCCAAUGACGUUGUGCGGAUCUUGCCCUGCCGGCAUCUUUUCCACAAGUCCUGUGUUGACCCCUGGCUUCUAGACCAUCGCACCUGUCCCAUGUGCAAGAUGAACAUUCUUAAAGCCCUAGGGAUCCCGCCCAACGCUGACUGCAUGGACGACUUGCCCACCGACUUCGAGGGGUCUCUAGGAGGCCCACCCACCAACCAGAUCACCGGCGCGAGUGACACGACUGUAAACGAAAGUUCCGUCACUUUGGACCCUGCUGUCCGGACGGUGGGAGCCUUGCAGGUGGUCCCGGAUACAGAUCCCACCCCGCAAGAAGAAGUCAUCUUUACCACUAACAGCGAGCAGGAGCCAGCUGUAAGCAGUGAUUCUGACAUCUCACUGAUUAUGGCGAUGGAAGUUGGACUGUCUGAUGUAGAACUUUCCACUGACCAAGACUGCGAAGAGGUGAAAUCUUGAAAUGACACAUAUAGAAAAAAAGGGAUAGUAGGACCCAAGGGGAAAGAAGGGAGGAGUGCCUCAAGACUUGGACUGGCACACACACCUCCAGAACACCGUGAUUAUCCCGCGACGCUCCACUCAAGAAUGGUAACGAAAGCAAUAUCCAAAGUCACGUCCAUCAGGAUGCCGUUUCUCCAUCUGUACAACAGUCCAUGGCCUUGGCAGCUUGGAAGAUGAAAGCCUAUUUUCCCUCCCAUGUCCUUGUAAACACACACUUCAGGAGCUCCUAAAACACACAGAAAAGGACACAUGUAGGGCUUCUUGGUUUCAUUUCCAUUUUUUUCCAGGUCUUGUUUUGUUGUUUUUGGCAUGUUAUUGGAUUUCUUUGGCAGUGUCUUUUUAAGACUGUGUGUAGUUUACAUUAUGUCCACUCCUUUGGUUUCCUCCAGCUUUUGGAGAGAGUUCUAUUUAGAAGCACCAGUUCCUGCUGUGAUCAGUUUGUACACAAUCUCUGAGGUUAAUGGCUUUGGGAAGUGCCUCAAGCACCCUGAAACAUUCAAAACCAGUUCUCAUUAAGAAUCUAAAUUCUUUUAGGUGGAUCUUAAAAAUCCUAGCUGCCAGAGACCCCAACCCUAAGCUCUGAAUCCACGAAGGCUACUACUCACUAUUAUCCUCUACGUCAUGCUGGCUUCCACUUAUCAGGCUCUGUCAAGGGCCCACAUGACAUGAGAAGGAAGCUCUAGGGAGGCACCUGAUUCUGCCUGGAGCUUACAGUCUUUGGUGGAAAUUCCAAAGUCAGAAGUCCCCUUCAGGGCAGCAGCACCAUUCUUCAUGACGCUGGGACUGCAAGCCUAGUUUUAAGAGCAGAUACCACAUAUUCUUCUCCAAAGCAAAAUGUCUGUGAUAUUGGUCUCCCCAAGGCUAGAACAGUCUUUUGUCACCUCCACAAGUGGCUUCUGCAGGAGACGGAGGCUUCAGAAGAGAUCCAGUCAUCUUUGAACCCGUGUCCAGCACAGUGGGGUUGCAGUAGCACCUAGCCUUUACCUUAAUUCCAACGCACUUCUGUCACACCUCGCCAGACCUCAAGGAAGGGUUCCCGUGAAUCCUUAGCAGGUAGCUUUCCAGGGCUCCCUGAGCACAUCCAAAUACCAGGUGAGGUGGGACGUGUGAUUUGAUAAGCCAUUUGAUCUAAAAAAUACAGCAUGGGAAUUUGCCAACCUGAUGGAAAGAAACAAAGAGGGAAAGGAAAAGAGGUAUCAAUACUAAAACUCACAGGCGUUUUUAAACUCCUUAUGUUUAUAUUCUUCUUUUGUAACGAUGACAGAGAUGGGCUAUUUUUUCAGUGGGCAGUUUUGUAAUAUGUUUAGACUAUCUGCAUGCAGAGAUGACUAAGGGAGUGAAUGCUUUCCCUGGACAAUCACAGGUCACCUCAUCCUCUAUAAGGCCAUGUGGCGGCGUGGGUUACUAAGAAGGAAAGCUAUCCUCGUUGAGUUAUUGACAUAUUCGAUGAGGCUUCGGUUGAGUUUGGUUGUGUGUAAAUCCCUCCUGCGUGCUGGAACAUACAGAGUGUGCCAGGGACGACCACUGUCUUUUAGUGAUUUCCUAUUGAUGCUUUCUAAGUAGGCAGCAAGGCAAGGAAAGUGAUUACCACCUUCAGACAUGUCACAUCUCCCUGGGCAUCAAACGCUUCCUGUAAAAGAAAUCCAGUGUCCAUGUGCGAGGCAGGUGGGGAGGGAUGAAGAGAGCACUGAGCAGAGCAUGGAGUCCUGGAUGAGCAACGUGCUUAUUGGGCCUCAUCCUCUCUAUCUGUGAAAUGAAGGAAUUUUAACACGAUGAUGCCCAAGGCUCCUUCUGGCCUUUAGGCCACUAAUGAGCUUUUUGCCUACGUUUUUGUUUUUUU